CAAAUAGGUGUUUGACUUUUGCAAGUGCGGGAACGAUAACAGAUGCACAAAGGCAAUUAUAAGGAAUAAUACAAGGAAAAUAACGGUAUAUACUUUAAAAUGGUGCAGCUAUUUUACUACGAGACUCGAGGAAAAUGUUGCAAGAAGUUUUUAAACCAUGAAGGAGUUUCGACAAAGAUUCAUUUGUUCCCAUAUGAAGGGUGGGCACAACCAGCAAUGACGUCAUAUUGGCUGCUGAAAACCUAUUGGUGGAGUAGGUCGCGUGUAAAAAUUACAGAAGUCACUGGGUCGCAAACGUAUGAAGUAAAGGGCAAAAUUCAUUGCAUUAAAAAUGGUUCUACCGUCAUUUCCGGAAAAAUAAAAGACAAAACAAACAGCGACUUCAGAAUGUAUCUCACAUCGAAUGUUGAUAGCGCUGAUUUCCAACUUGGUUAUUGUGUUACAGGAACACUUGAAAGGGGACGAAAGAAGUCAGAAAAGGGACUCAGUCUGACUCACUAUGCUAUGAUAAAACGAAGAGGGUACUAAUGCUGUUUUCCCAAUAGUGUAGG